GAGGCCCAUAUGCACAGAUCUUAUACGGAAAACCCUAAUCAGUUGCUCCCUUCCUGAUCUUCGUUCGUCUUCUAUCGGCGCAUCGAUCGUCCAGAACCUGUAACGGUUAUGUUUUUAAUCGUCUUUAAUCGUAUUUAAUUCCUACCCCACUCAAAUCAACCUCUUGAGCCGUUCAUCGGCUAUAUUGUGUAUAAAUAUACUUCGAUUUCACAGAUGCGCUUUCCACGCUUUCCUAAUCUCACACCUUGCUCAUACUCAGAACUUACUCAUCAUCUUCUUAAAUGGCUUUGACAAAGGUUUUCUUUUCCGAUCUCAAGACUGGGCGGUGCUCAUCCGUUGUGGAGGCGAGACUGCUUCGAUUCUGGGAGGCUAAGAACGUUAAGCGUGGUGGUGAGCUGAUGUGGAUGGAUCUGCUCAUGGUCGAUGUCAACUCAACCAUGAUGCAAGUCACGAUCAGUGCUGGCCGUCUUCCACAGUUUCGGGAUAGGCUCCUUGCCGGAACAAUGUUUUCAUUGUCCGGUUUUGAUGUCUCCAGAUGCGCACAGAAUUUCCGGCUCACUGAUUCGUCUUUGAUGAUCCGGUUCAGCGAGACUACCUCAUUCCAACUGUUGACUGAACCUGACUCCCCCUUGCCAGAGGAAGCAUUCCGGUUCCGUAACCAACAGGAGCUAAUUGGUCUUGCCAAUACAAACACUCAGCUACCAGGUAUGUUGAUACAGUAGCACGUACUUAUAUGUUGUUGAUAUUUUGAGUAUAGAGUUAGGAUCAGACUGGUAUUAUAAAGAAAAUGAUACCGGCUUUGAACUUGAUGUAGACAUCAUAUGUGAGAUAUUGAGUGUGAAGAGCACGGUUUGUGAUCCUCCAGAGGAGAAGAAUCGUGUUAUGGUGACUCUGAAGCUGGAAAGGUAAAUUUUUGACUCUCAUGCUGUUUUAUUUUUUCCAUAAUGUGCAGUGAUGAAUAUAUUUGAUGUCAAUUGAUUCUCUGAUAUGUGCAGUGAUGAGACCGUCACUUUAAGCUUCUUUGACUCUCAGGCGGUUACUUUCCAUAACCAGCUUGAGGCUAUGAGUGUUGAUCCGAAGGUCAUGGUCGUAACUAGCAUCAAUCCCAAGAUAGUCGGAGGUAUCGAAUUGUGUGGUAUACUGUGAUGUCAUAACACUUUUGUCCUGAAAAAUUGCCAUCUAUGUAGGUCGUCUGUUUCUUAACGCUACGUCUGGAACGCACGUGUAUUUUGAUAAGAAGACUAUAGCAGGAGCUGCUCGAUUCUACAGGUAUGAAUGUCGUUAAUCAGCCGUGUGUUUGUGUGUUCGGUUGUUCUUUGCCUAAUCAUUAUGCUCUGCGUAGGCUGGUCGCCAGAGAUACUGGUCUGCCGUCGGCCGCUCCACUGCUAAAGUCAUAUGCGAAGGUGGAGACUAUGACCAUCGCUGACCUCAGCAGUUUCAUCGUUUCUACUGCAUCUCAGGUAUAAUAGCUGUUGGUUUUGUUUUGUAUUAUUUUAUCUGUAGUGUCAGUGUUCGCUUUUCAUGUGAGUCUUGAUUAUAUGUUGCAGGAGAUUGAUUUUCUGUGCACUGGGAAAGUUGUCCGGAUUGACACAGAUAAGGGGUGGUGUUAUGUUGCCUGCUCAAAAUGCAGUAAAAAAUUACAGCGGACUGAGUCUGCAUUCACGUGUGGAGUAUGCAACAAUCCACAUGCUGUUGGGGCCCUACGGUAAGUAUCACGUCUUAUAUAUGAGGAUUUACACGUCUGCUGGUGACCUGACCUCACCUUUACCAUCUUCAUAUAGCUAUCGUGUGGAGAUGGCAAUAUCUGAUGAUACUGCGGAAGGAGUAUUCGUAUGGUUCGAUGGUGUAUUAACGAAGCUGCAUAGUAUCCGAGCAAGCGAAGCUGCACAAAUGCUGGUAUGACUCAUAACUGUUUACAUUCGUGAUGUCAACGAAAUCUUACUUCUCAUCUUUUUUUUUUUACAAGGCUGAAGACGGUGUGAACCCUGAGGACACUAGGUUACCCCCGUUCAUUGCAGAUACGGAAGGAAAAACGUACACUUUCCAAGUGAGGGUCACUGCGUUUAACUUUACCGAGCAUUACAAGACAUUCACCAUAACACGUAUUGCUGAGGAUCAUGGUCGUCUACCAGUAGAUGACGUUGUGAACAAUGUAAGUUAUGUGUGUAUCGUGAUGUUCAAUUAGCUCCUUGCUGGUUGCAUAUACGUUUUUGCAUAUUGUACAGGGAGAUGAUGACGACGACGAUGAUGAUGAUGCCAGUCCGACCAUCGAGCCAUCGUCUGCUGCAGGUGAUCAAGGUGGAACCAGUAAGGCGCGUAAGAAGACUGGCGCAGGGGCGUCAAAGGUGGCGAAGAAGGCACGUGCUGGUUGAGAUAUAUCAACAAUUAAUAAUGUUCAGACUAUCGUUUACAUGAUGUUUAUGCAUGUUUAUUUGAUUUCGCAAAUUUGAAUGUUUCUGUUUUGGAUAUUCCCCAUUAUAUGGGCCCUUUAAUUUUAACGGCAUGCAUUUCGGUUCGGUUUUAAUUAUGAGGUGUUAACCUUCCGGUUAGUAUAUUAUUAUUUAUGUUAUUCUUACGGUUAGUCUAUAAUUAUUUAUAUUAAAUUUUUAUGUUACAUUGUAUGUGUUAAAAAAUAUAUAUAUAGGAUUUUCUAUCGUUAGUUACGUAUCUAUAUAGUAAGCUUUUGUGUUUCCCAUGCGCGGACAUAUGUUUUUAUAACGUCGAUGGAAAAAUACAUGAGUAUAAUAUAAUAUAUAUAUUUUUAAAUAUAAUAACAUAUAACCCAUUCUUUUGUCAUUACCAUUGAAACACUAUUUAAUUUGUACAACUGACGCAAUAGUUGCUAUUAUUGUCCAGGCAUCCAUAAUCCUAAAUUUAAUAUAUCUACCAAUUACUUAGCAACGUAUAACAAAAAUCAGACAAACCAUUAAACUCUCAUGCAUUUCUCCCUCCAAUAAAAAAAAAACACGCGACAUACGAACAACUAAGAUUAAUAUACUAAUACUUUAGUUUCAAGAUCAUCUUAUAAUUCACAAUCUGAUCAUCUUACGGGCGGGGGGACCCUAGUAUUGUUAUAACCUUAACUUGAGAAAUGGUUAUGUCAAAAGGGCACAUAUCUCUCUUGCCUAGAACGAAUAUACUCUUAUUUGUUCAGAUUUCAGAAACUUUUAACAGUUAAAUGUUAUAAACAGAAGAGAUGCUUGAACAAAAAA